CUCUUGUGCUCCUAGCUGAGUAGAAAGCCAUAAUUUUUUUAAAAAGGGCCAACUAGGGAACAUCUUUGGUCCCUGCACUUUCUAGAGAUCGUCAGAUACUUUUACACUGCUGUGACGGUAAAAUUGUAUUCAAGUUUGUAAAAUGAAGCAGUUGAAAAGAAAAAGGAAAAGCAAUUUUAGUGUUCAAGAAACUCAGACCCUUUUAGAAGAAAUUAGAAAAAGGAAAGAAGUCAUAUUUUCUAAGCAGCUCAAUACAACAAUUAAUGAGAUGAAACGGAAAGCUUGGGAGGAGAUUGCAGAGUGUGUGAAUGCUGUGGGGGAAGGCGAACAAAGAACAGGGGCUGAAGUGAAAAGGCGAUACCUUGACUGGCGAGCACUUAUGAAGAGGAAAUGGUUGAAGGCAAACAUAAAGCUAGUGGGUCCUGGCUUACCCCUUUCAGCAUCAGAUUUCAAUGACUCUAUCACUGAAGAGCUGGAUGAUAAGAUAGCAUUUCCAAAUGGGUCAAAUUUGGACUGGCAAAAUACAGUUGAUCUCAAGGAAGCAGGUGGCUCCUUAACAGAAGUUAAAGAGGAAGAGGAGGAGGAAGAGGAAGAAAAGAUUCCACAGAAUUUUGAAUUUGAAAUAGAAGAAGAGGAAGAAAUGUUGACCCCUGUGAUGCCAGAUUCCAAGAGGGAAAAUGAGCUUUCUGUUUUCCCUCAUAUCAAAGAAUUUGGUACUCUUACCUCAAUUCAGUCUCAAACUGCCUAUGAUGAAUCCUACUUACUUAUAAGCUUGGAGAAACAGAAGCUUGAGAUAGAAAAGCAACGACUAGACAUUGAGGUAGAAAGACUGCAGAUAGAAAAAGAACGGCUGCAAAUCGAAAAGGAACGGUUAUGGCAUUUAGAUAUGGAGCAUGAAAGACUCCAAGUAGAGAAAGAGAGGCUGCAGGUUGAAAGAGAGAAAUUGAGGUUACAGGUUGUCCAUUUGGAGAAACCUGCUCUGGAAAAUGAUCUUGGCCAAGCAGAAAAAAAAAUUCUGCAGCCUCUCGAUUUAGAGACUGAGAAGCUGAAACUUGAGAAAGAACGCUUGCAACUGGAAAAAGACAGGUUGCAGUUUUUGAAGUUUGAAUCUGAGAAACUUCAGAUUGAAAAGGAGCGUUUACAAAUAGAAAAAGAACGGCUUCGUAUUCAGAGGGAGGGACAUUUGAAAUGAGUUUUCUAAGUUUCCAUAAAUAAUAGAUAUCUUCAUGUAAAGGUUUAUAAAUCAUAGGUAGAAUUUCUCUAAAUCAUGUAGCAACAAGAGAAUUGCUUUUUUUAGCUGUUUUUCUGUCAGUUUGUUAGUGUAUUGAAAAUGAAAAAAAAUUGUGGUAGGCAAUAAUUCAUUGUGACUAAGUAGUACAUAUAUGAUAAAACUUUUUCACUAUAGGAAAAAUGAAUGUGGUGUUCUCUUCCAUUCAGUAAUGUUACUUAGACUAUUAUACAAUAUUUGUGUCCAGGAAUUCAUAAACAUCUUCAUGUCUAGGCUAAUUGUGUAAUUUCAAUAUUAUAUUAACUUUGCUCUAAAACUACAAAUGAAAUAAAUCCACACAGGUUUAUAUAAAGAGAUACUUAAAUGACCAAAUCAUUAAAUAUUAUAUGUGUAGAAAUGUGCAGUUAUCUUUUAGUGUACUGAAUGAUGAUAAUUCUUUUCCUCCCCACACACUUCAGUUCAUGAACAGCCAUUGACUUAGAGGUUCAGGAAUCAUUAGGGGUUUACCUAAAAUGAAUCAAAUUCAAAAACUCUUCAACUUAUCCUGAUGACUGGAUAUUUUUGUUCAUAUCAGAACUGUGUAGACACAUCUGCAGAAUUAAUCUUCUUUCAUCUCGAGUCCAUACAAAAAUCUACCUUCUCUGUGUUAACUUAGAACUUCAACAAGUGAAUGGAUGAGCAUGGCAGAAAUUUUACAGUUGUACAUGAACUCUGCUGCAAUACUUAGGCUUAAAAAAGAAUUGAGGGGCAUGAUACUUAAGAAAGUGGAUUCUUCUUUAUGCCCUACUGCAAAAUUUUGUCAGAUCCAUUGGAAUUUAACCACAGAAACUAAGGAUUUAUUUAAAUCGGUGAAAAUUCUCUCCCUAAUACUGGAGGUGCGUCCUCCAUGCUCAGGUCAUGACCCCCUGGUCCAGCUAGAGUUGGUGGGUUGGGGUGUAGAACUAUUACUUCCUGGAACAGUUCUGGGAAUUGAAGUCUUCCAUUGAUCAAUUUAGCACCUUUCAUGAGCACUACAUUCACUUUAGAAAAUAAAAGGGAGGGGGAGAGAAAAUGGAAACAUCUUUCAAUGAGAUCUUUUGUAUUUUCUGUUUUAUAGAAUCAAAGCCUAGCAUUUAAUUCAUCUCAGAUGUUGACAGAACUUGCCUGGGUUUGUAUUGGCUCCUUGUGAAAUCCAGAAUGGCUUGCUGAUGUGUAAAAGUAGAAUAUAUGCCAUAGAUUCCUCAAACAUAGGUUAUAUGUGUAUAGGUAUAUUUGUAUUUCCUGACUCUGCAAAUAGUGUUAUUUUUCUAUUGUUGAAACAACCACUACUGCCAUAGAAAUAAAUUUGCUUAU